ACAAUCUUCAGCUUCUUUCCGGCUAAGUUUAUUGUGCCAAAAGACAUUUCAACGACAAAGAGUGAAAGAGAUUCAAAACGAGACAUCCUAAGCAGUCUCAUUCCUCACACAACGAAUAACAAGGUGGAGGAAUGCGCGUGCACAAAUUCAUCCCUUCCAACACACUACUCAUUACAAAUGAGGUGGGUUUUGAGAAUCAAUUAUUUUCGAGUCGUGGAAAGCUGCGGCUUUUCAGGUUUCAUUUCGUGCUAUCACGCGCCAGUUUUUCGAUCGACGAGACCACUUGGUAGAGGAAAUCCUAAGAGACACCGAUGUGAUGUGUGCUACAAAACGUUUAGUAGAAGCAACACCUUAAUCACGCAUAAGCGUAUACAUACGGGAGAAAAGCCAUUUAACUGUGACCACUGUGGCCGUGCCUUCCGUCAACCAGGAAAUCUCACCCGACAUCGCCUCACUCAUACUACGGUCAAACCAUAUGUGUGCGUUCAGUGCGAGAAGGCUUUCAAUCGAGCAUCAAACCUUCAUACUCACAUGAAGACUCAUAAAUUGAACUGA